CUAUCAAGCAUUAUUUUUUUUAUUCCCUAUCUAGGGUUUGGACGACCUCGACGAGACUCGUACACAUCGGCGACGGAAGGUUUUGACUUUGGAGGAGGCAUCUGGAGCUUGCUUAUACUAGCAGAUAUGGAUCCUUCUAUGGAUUUUGUGCCACAACUCGAAUUGGAUAUGUUAUUUGAGAUACUUAUGAGUUUGGACGACCCUUGUGAUCUCGCUCGAGCUAGCUGCGUUUCGCACUCUUGGCACGGAUUCGUGGUCUCCAAUGGUCUUUCCAAGCAACUAUGCCUCAGAAUGUUUCCUCAGUUAUCUGGAGUUGAUCACGUCACCGAAAGCUGCUCCUUUAAAAGUGAUGCUGAAAGUGGUUCUAGCAACACUAAAGAAUGGGACCUUCUGGAAAGGGAGCAUAGGGUCUAUGGUUUUCUGUCUCAUUGUUCUAAAUCAAUGGUUGACAGAGAGUGUAUUUCAGAUGCAAUAAGCGCUUCCAGCACCGACAAUUUCCCAGAGGAGGGUAUUAUUAAUACUCUGGAAUUGAGAGAUAGGGUUGGAAGGAUCGCCUCAUACUGGUCUAGUAAAGGACAAAAGAUUCCUGCUGUGCCUGAGACUUUGAUUUACAAACUGGUUGGUGAUUUGUGUGUUGUUACUGCAAUUGACAUCCAACCUUUUCAAGCUUAUUUCCAGCCUGGAUUACCUAUAUAUUCGGCCAAAUCUGUGCGAUUUCGGAUGGGUUAUCCCAAAGCUUCUGUGGAUCUUGAUUCAGUCAAUCAAUCAUGUCAUGAUUCUCCAAAUGAUAAUUUUGUGUGGACAUACACUUCCCCAGAGUUUCCCAUGGCUCAGGAGAACUGUCUGCAGAAAUUCAAGUUUCCAGAGCCCGUUCUUUGUAUAGGUGGAUUCCUUCUUGUCGAGCUGCUUGGCAGGGUGCAGAGGCAGGAAAUGGAUGGCUUGUUUUAUAUUUGUGUCUCUCAUGUUCGAGUUAUGGGGUGGCCUUUAUCACCUACAUUUGGUGUCGAUUUAAUCGAACCAUCUGGAAAGUUUGUUUUGAAGGCUCUUAGUUACACAAAAGAAUGCUUACCCGUAAGCAGUCCUCGUCGAAUUUCCAGCUUGGAACUCCGGAGACGCGUGAGAAACUUGGAGCACAUACUCAAUAUGCUUCGUGGUAACGUGAGAGAUGUCGAGGAUAUAUGGGACGAAGAGCAAGAUGAUUCGGAUGAAGAGUUUGUGUGAUUUCGGCUAUGAAUCGGUUCUAUGCUUGUUCGUUUAUGUAACUUCCCGCUUUAAAAGAGGGAGAUGUCAGUAGAGGUCUUUUUUUUUUUGUCAUGGACCUCUCUUGAUUAAAGGGAGUAUUUAGCAUUGACCCCUUUUCAGAUGUAUAUCCGGUCGAAUUGUCCAAUACAACUUGAUUUCAUCUUGUUUAUCAUUUCUCUAUAGCUAUCUGAUCCAAUAGAAUGAUUACUGAGAAUAAUCAAAUCCAGCUCCUGUUUCUUUUGA